UUUAAAUUCUUUUGCCCUUUUUUGGUACGGCUGCGUGAUUAGGUAGGUAUAAAAUGCAGCCAUUAACAUUUAACGACCUUUUAAUUCCACCAAUAAGCCAUCUCUUCCGUACUACAGAGUACUUCUAAGUUCUUUCUUACCUAAAUCUAAUACUCCUCUCCAGCCAUUAGCCCUAAUUGCACGCAUAUAGUAUUCCCAUUAAACGUACAGUUUCUGCUCGCCAUGGGUUGCUCUUCCUCUCUUCCAGAUAGGACUCCCGGGCGGUUGACCGGCACAAAUUCUGAGAAUGGCGGAGUGCUGGACCCAAAAAAUCUUCGCGUGAAGCUGGUAUUAUUAGGCGACUCUGGUGUUGGUAAAAGCUGUAUUGUUCUUCGCUUUGUUCGCGGUCAGUUUGACCCAACAUCCAAGGUAACUGUCGGAGCUUCAUUCUUAUCACAGACAAUAGCUUUGCAAGACUCCACAACAGUUAAGUUUGAAAUAUGGGACACUGCUGGACAGGAGAGAUAUGCAGCAUUGGCACCACUUUACUACCGAGGUGCUGCAGUUGCAGUUAUUGUGUAUGAUAUAACUAGCCCAGAGUCAUUCAUCAAAGCACAAUAUUGGGUUAAGGAGCUACAAAAACAUGGAAGCCCUGAUAUAGUCAUGGCCUUAGUUGGUAACAAAGCUGAUCUUCAGGAAAAGCGGGAAGUACCAGUUCAGGAUGGCAUUGACUAUGCAGAGAAGAAUGGAAUGUUUUUUAUUGAGACAUCUGCAAAGACAGCAGAUAAUAUAAAUCAGCUGUUUGAGGAAAUUGGGAAGCGAUUACCCCGUCCACCCUCCUCUUGAUUGAAGAAAUUUGAAACUGAAUAAACUAAAGAGCGGGUCAAGUUGUGGGAGCACUUUUAUCCGUUAGUUUGUGUAUAUGGCUGUCUGUACAAGACAUGCCUUGCGAUUUAUUUUUCUGUGCUCCUAACUAUGCAUGCAAGACGGUUUGAACACAAAAGAGUGAACUGGACAAGGCCAUAAGAGAGAGGAUCCCACACAAUGCAGCCACUCUUCGUGUUUAAGAGAUCAAAUAUACCAACACUGAUAAAAUGCCUGCGAGAAGUUAUCAAGGCAGACCGCGGGGACUACAGUCUUUUUGUUACUCUCGCGCAGCCUCCUUAUUUGUUUUGACUGAAUUAAGAUUAUAAUCCACACUACUGUAAACAAAAGGAAUAGAGGAUGUCAUUCGACAACCAUUUUAAACACGCAACCGAAGGGCAAAAUGCAUUGAGCUUA